CAAAAAAAGAGGGAAGGAAAUGAUAUUUAUUUCGACCUAACAAGUGUGCUGAAGAGGAAGAGGAAGAGAGCAGAAACUGGAGAAGAGAAGCCAUAAAAAAAUCACAGAUCUAACCAAACUUCAAUUUCGAUUCCGAUUCCGGACAACCUUUCACUCUGAGUGAUUUGAGCUCAAGUAACAUCCAAAAAAAUGCUUCUGGACAAGAAUGAUACUCAGGAAACCCAUUAUGAGGUUCUCAAUGUAAAGGAAGAUGCAAAUUAUGAAGAAAUUCGUGCUAGUUAUAGAAGUGCUGUACUCAGCUUACAUCCUGAUAAGCUAUUGAAGACGUCCGAGACAUCCAGCAGCAAUCAAACAGCGGAAGAGAGAUUUCUUAAAGUACAAAAGGCGUGGGAGAUUCUGAGUAAUUCAAGCUCCCGCUCGUUUUAUGAUAAUGACCUGCGUAGUUCAAGGCAGGAUGUCUUGGCUGCUGAUGUUGCCGAAGAUUUGAGCUUGCAGGAUAUGAUGAUUGAAGAUGAUGGAGAAGCAUUGGAACUGUUUUACCAAUGCAGAUGUGGUGAUUACUUCUCUGUAGACUCGUUGGAAUUGAAGAAUAUGGGAUAUUCCUUAUUGAGGGAGGGAAGUGGGAUAUCUAUAAUGAAUGUUGAUACAUCACCAGGAUCAGUGAUUCUUCCUUGUGGAUCUUGUUCGUUAAAAGCUCGUUUGCUAAUCAAUAUGGAUGUCAAUUGAAAUUAAAUUGUCACCAUUUUUUUAUAUGAAUAAUGACGACAGAGAUUUCUAACAUUUUUUUUAUAUGAAACUGCAUUUUGCAGCGGUCUGUCACCGGGAAAAUUCCUGGGGCAGAAAUCUGGAGUGUUAGUUGAUUUUGGAAAAUGGAAUGCAGUGAUAGUUUCAGGUUAGCUAUAUGCCAA